AAGGAAGUAUUGUGCGUCACACAGAUAUUCACUGCUUAAAGACAUUCCAGCCUCCCCUCUGAAAUGAAGUUUUUCCACAGUUCUCCAAUGAAACUCUUGCUUUUCGCUGCUUGGUUUUCAAGUGUGCUGGAUCCAUGCAGAUUUGCUGACAUUUGCCAGUCCUGUCACCAGAAUGCCACCUGCAAGCCUACUGAUUCCAAAAAUGCCUGCUACUGCAAACAAGGGUUCACUGGUGAUGGAUCCCGCAAUUGCCAAGAUGACAAUGAGUGUGAGAAAGUACCUGGAAUAUGUGGCCCACAUGCCAACUGCACCAACACUAUUGGAAAUUACUACUGUACCUGCUUGUCUGGAUUUAAAUCAAAUGGAAAGCAGGAAUUUCAAACUAAUGAUGGGACCAAAUGCACAGAUAUUGAUGAGUGUGAGGUUGAUGCUGAUAGAUGUGGACCCUCCUCUAAAUGCCACAACAUAAACGGCUCAUUCAUCUGCUCAUGUCUGAGAGGUUAUACGUCCCCAGCCGGGCCCUGGUUCAAGCCUAAAACCGGCACGGAUUGCACAGAAAACCCAGAGCAGCACUGCCAUCAAGACUACAAAUGUUUUAAAGUGGCUAUAAGCAACACACUGCAAAAAAUGAUUAAUCUGUCAACUCCAGAGCGUCUGAAAGAGAUAAGACAUCAAACAUCAGCUGAACUCUCUCCUGUUCUCCUCAUAUCAUACAUCGAGGCCAUGGCCAGCCAUAAACCAGGCAAUGGAGAUGAGCCUGAAUAUCCUGAGGAAGAAAUCAAUGAAACGAUCACGAAUUUGGUUUUUAGUGUGAAUAACUUAGUCGAGAAGGAUGAGAAGGUGGAAUGGGAAAGGAUAAAUGAUGAUUUGAGGAAGUAUUACAUCACCACACUGCUUCACACAGCAGAGAUGGAAACACUGGCCCUGUCUGCUGGAUACACACACACUAUGCAGAUGCAGGUGGAUGCCGGUGAAGUAGAAAUGAAACUAUACACAUUUGAACCCAACCAAGCACAUAAGCAUCCAGUUUCAACCAACAUCCAAGGAAACUCCAUUUCACUGAUCCCUAAGAAUGCAAAAAACAAAAGCAAUAAUGGAAGCACCUCCAUUGUAUUUCUAAUCUAUAACAGUAUUGGUGAUCUUUUAAAGCCAACUGAUGACCCUGGUGUGGCCGAUUACUCUCGCUAUGCAGCAGCGGGUGAAAUUACAGUUAAUUCGCCAGUAAUAGCAGCAGCCAUCAGCAAUCCAAAGACAUUUGCACUGGACAACGUGACCUUCACUCUCAAACACACACAGGAGAUAGAUCCCACCCAUGAUGAGACUAAGUGUGCAUUCUGGGAGUAUUCCCAGAGCAUGAUGGGACAGUGGAGUUUGGAUGGCUGUACACGCACACGUGUGAAUUCAACUCAUACUUCGUGUUCCUGUAAUCACCUGACACACUUUGCUAUUCUCAUGUCCUCUGCUCAUGCCAAUUUGCUUGCGCAUUAUAAUGUUCUGACGAGGAUAACGCAUCUGGGAAUGGUGAUCUCCAUAAUAUGCCUGUCCCUGUGUAUCUUCACAUUCUGGUUCUUCCGAGACAUUCAGAACACCAGAACCACGAUCCACAAGAACCUGUGCUGCAGCCUUUUCAUGGCCCAGUUCAUCUUCCUCAUCGGGAUUAACAAGAUUGCACACAAGUGGUUCUGUUCUAUUAUCGCUGGCCUGCUCCACUAUUUCUUCUUGUCUGCAUUUGCCUGGAUGUGUAUAGAGGGGAUCCAUUUGUAUCUCAUUGUUGUUGGUGUCAUCUACAACAAAGGUUUCCUCCACCGGAACUUCUACAUAUUUGGCUAUGGGAGCCCCGCAGUGGUCGUCGCAAUUUCUGCAACACUUGGCUAUAAAUAUUAUGGCACCAGUACUGUGUGUUGGCUGAGCACUGAAAAUAACUUCAUCUGGAGUUUCAUUGGACCAGCUUGUCUGAUUAUUCUGGUUAAUCUGCUGGCAUUUGCUGUGAUCAUCUUUAAGGUUUAUCGUCACACUGCAGUAAAGAUCCCUGAAAUCAGUCACUAUGAAAAUAUCAGGUCUUGUGCAAGAGGAGCUAUUGCUCUUUUUUUUGUUCUGGGAGUUACCUGGACAUUUGGUGUCAUGCACAUCUUAUAUGAGACCACCCUGACAGCGUAUCUCUUUACCUUUGCCAAUGUGUUCCAAGGGAUGUUCAUUUUCAUUUUCCUUUGCGUUCUAUCCAGAAGGAUUCAAGAGGAGUACUACAGAUUAUUCAAGAAUAUUCCAUGUUGUUUUGAGUGUCUUCGAUAAACUUUAUCAAGAGACAUUAACUUCAGCGCCAGUUUACAAAUGCUUUUAAAUCUAAGCACUAUAGAGAUGUACUUAUUAAAAUGUGUGCAAAAAUUCCAAUAUAUUUAUUUUUUUGAGAGAAAAGUAUCCAAAUGUUAUAAAAACUAAAACAUUACUGAAUUAUAUGAUGUAGAAGUUUUAAAACCAGUUGCAGUCAGCAUCUAUACAUUGUACAAUCAAUAGCAAAAUAUUUGUUUCUUUCUGACAACUGAUUGUCUAAGAGGACUUUCUAUAUACUGCAUUAUGGACUAAUAAAAACAUUUAUCUCCUUUGA